CAUGAUCGGUGACGUUUCAAAAGUGAAGUGUUCAUUCACUCUCUGAACUGUGUUACCAUCGGGUUCUUCUCCACACGAGGUUUCUUCGAGUUCUAAGUAGGCUACCGAGGCAGUUCCUUCAAGAUGAAUGUUGACGAUCUUUUCGUCCAGCUGGGUCAAUUUGGACCGUUCCAAUUCCAACAGUACAUAUUACUGGCUUUCCCCAUCGUGUUUUCAGCUUACCAGACGAUAACAUUCUUGUUCACAACAUCCGUACCAAAUUUCAGGUGCCUUGUACCAGAAUGCGAGGAUGAAUACUAUACGGAAUUCGAUGAACCCUGGUUGAAUUCUGCUUUGCCGUUCAAGGGUCGUCUUCCAGAACAGUGUCUACGCUUCAAGCCUCUCUCGGAUUUCACAAGGAAUUCAUCAGAUAUGUGCAGUGCUUAUUCGCUUUUCGAUGAAAGAGAUAGUAUUCCUUGUGAUAGAUAUGUUUUCACCAAGGAUGAAGUAACAAUUGCUUCUGAGUUCGAAAUCGUGUGUGAGGAUAACGGUUGGAAACUUUUCAUUGUGGUCAUGAAUACCUACCUUGGUUUUAUCAUUGGUAUGCCAAUAGCUGGAAUAAUCUCUGACCGAAUUGGACGAAAGACAGUGAUGAUUUAUUCUUGGUUUCUGCAGUCCCUGAUUGCCAUCGCUCAAUCAUUCUCCAGAAAUUACAAAACGUUUUUGAUUCUUCAGACGAUGGGAGCGUUGUGUUGUGGAGCUUACAAUGCUGGAUUUGUGAUGGCAUUGGAAACUCUGGGGCCAGCUUCGCGAGUAUUGGGAAAUGCGUUGAUCAGCUGUUUUCAUACGCUGGGCCAAGCCAAUGUUGGCAUGACAAUGUGGCUAUGGAGGGAUUGGCGAAUCAUGAACCGAAUUCUCUAUGGACCUGGCCUGCUGCUCUGCCCUAUUUACUUUUGGCUGGUACCAGAAUCUGUAAGAUGGCUGAUAAGCAGAGGCAGAUCGGCAGAAGCGAUGGAAGUAUGCAGAAAGAUCGCUGGAAUCAAUAACCGACAUCUGUCAACAGAAUUUGAAGAUAAUGUAAGAGCUUUGGCUGAAGUUAAUAUCAUCGUCUGUCGUACAAUUGAAGAACCACCCCAUCCAGUUGUGCAGAAUGAAGAAUCGACAGAUUUGUCACUUGCGACAAAUAAUGACAAUAAUGGAGGGAAUGACGCACCGCAUACUAUUGUUGAAAUAGCGACACCAAAAUCUAGACUACCAAAAAUUUUGAAAUCAAAAAUUCUUCUGCUCAGAUUGUUCUACUGUGUAAUUGUUUGGUCGUCAGUUUCAAUGCUUUUUUCGGCUCUUUCAAUGAAAUCGGUGACUAUUUCUGGAAACAAAUAUUUGAAUUUCAUACUAGCUGUUCUGGUGGAGCUCCCUGGAUACAUGGCAUCAUAUGUUGUAAUGGACACUGUGGAUAUUGGACGAAGGAUGUAUAUGAGCAUCACCGUCUCACUGACGGCACUUUGCUGUUUCUUGUUCUUUUUCAUUCAGCAAUGUGAAUGUCUUCAAAAAUGGAAAAUCGCCACAUUUCUCACUGCGAAACUGUCGAUUACCUCCUCGUUUGCAGUUCUUUACAUAUACACUUCAGAGAUGUUCCCAACUGAAAUAAGGAAUUCAAUCUUGGGCAUUUGUUCAAUGGCUGCCCAUGUUGGAUCAGUGUUUGCUCCCAUUACCAUACUGCUUGUAAGUGAAAUUGCUAAAUUAACUCUAAUUUUCUAUGGAAUCUCAGUGCUUUCUUUACUGGCGAUAGAACAUUUCAUAUUUUGA